AUGCGGCGCUUCGAGACAAUCCACGACGUCGUCGAACCCGUCGAAGAGUAUCGCCCAGGCGGCUACCACCCCGUCCAUCUCGACGACGUCAUCUGUUACAGGUACAAAAUCAUCGCGAAGCUAGGCUUCGGACGGUUCUCGACUGUUUGGCUUGCGCAGGAUCUGGUCUACCUGUACGAUGGCGUCAACGUCCAACGCUACGUCGCGCUCAAAAUCCUCAAGCCAGGCGGCCCGGCAGGUAACACUGAGCUCGCCACUCACCAGUUUCUUCCGUCCGUCUACGAACAGAGCCGGGAGAAUGUGGUCGAGCUGCUGAAUUUCUUCUUCGAGAAGGGUCCGAAUGGAAUGCACCUGUGCCUUGUGUUUCCGGUUAUGCUGGGCGACUGUCAGGAUCUGGCUGUCACUGGAAAGCCACGCUGUGCAGCCGAUGUGCGGUUGAUCUCGAAGCAGAUACUUCUGGGUCUGGAUGUUAUUCAUCGUGAGGGGUUUAUUCAUUGCGGUGCGUUACCCUCAAACCAAGCCUUGUGCCCGACUAACACCAGGGGUCCGGCAGACUUACAGCCCGCGAAUAUCUUAAUCACCAAGAUCGGAGCUGCAGAGGGCGAAGAUCAAUCUUUGCUCGAUCCACCGGAGUUUAGUCCCGUGAAGUGGCUUGACGGCGUAGAAGCCGACAACAGCGCUCCGAGAUAUCUGGUCCCUUCGCAGAAACGUCGCGGCGCCUUGGAUGGUGUGGACUUCUCUACGCUGCUGUUUACCAUAGGUGAUCUUGGUUCAGUGGUAAACAACGAACUCACGCCUAUCCCGUACAUAGCUAUGCCCAACUUGCCGAGGGGAUACGAUUGCCUCAAGACCCGUCCAGCAACACCCACAGCACUCCGCGCACCAGAACUGAUCCAUCAGGAUAAAUGGGGUGUAGGGAUCGAUAUCUGGGCGCUGGGCUGCUUGAUCUUCCAGCUCGCAACAAACGAGCCCCUGUUCCCCAUCGGAACUUUCGGCCUCUCGCGCGAAGACAUCGACGCCGAGCAUCUGCGGCAGAUUGAGCAGGUUCUGGGUGGAGGACCGGAGCGGUUCGUCGAACAUCUUGCGGCCCGGUUGCCGGCGGACUUUGGCGAGCAGAAUACGAGGAGUCUGGCGUCGUUCUUGCUUUUGAUGUUGCAGCUGGAUCCCGCUAGGAGGAUGGGGACGGGUGAGUUGUUGGAUCAGAGGUAUUUGCACGACGCUGUUGAGGAAUGA